GUGUGUAGUAAAUCAAUCAACCUUGUAUACGCUCCUGCCUUGGAAAAGACGGUUUAAACAACAAAUUUAAUAAUAAAGGUAGAAUUGACCUAAUGUUUUUUAAAACCAAGUGUUUAAUUUUUGGAUUUUCCAAAGCGAAUGUACACUAGACAGAUGUGGACGUAAGAAAAUGCAGGGAUCUAUACAGGAAAAUGUCGAGAAAAAUACACAACACUAUGAACACGAAAAAGCAAGAUCGAGGGGGCGAUAUAUGACACUAUUCGUUGUCAAAUGCCUGCUGGGCAUUCUACUACUUAUACUUGGCGGUGUAGCCGUAAACAGUACCCAGGGACAGAAGAACACAUCUGGUCCUCCGUAUUACCUGGGAGCCUUUCUCGUUGGAUGCGCAAUGAUCCUAGCAAGCCCGAUGGACAUAUUCAUGUUCCGAAAUUCCAAAUCCAGCGACCCGGCAACACUACAAAAAUUAUCAAAAUAUGAUUGCAUCGAAAUUUUACUUACAAAUAUUUUAAUUAUUGGCGGAUUUGUUGGCAUCUUCUUCGUAGCCAUAUUUGGUAUUCCAGAGUGUGAUCCUUCAGAUUUCCGUAGCCGCUGUAACUAUACAGAUAACUUGUCAACAAAUCGUAAUCUUGCAAUAGCCAUUCUGGUAUCUCUUCUUGUGAGUGAAAUUAUAGCAAUUGGAAGUAUCGUGAUGCACUGUCAUACUUGUAAAGGCCGUGGUCCGUACAAUAUGCUGAAAGCUAGGAAGCGGAGAUUUACCCCUUAUCGGAAUAUAUAUAUAGACAGAGGUGCUGGCAUUGUUGUCAUGACAACGGCUCCUGUUGAACCGAGACCUGUUGCUGGUGGUUUUGGUGCUAAUCAUAACUAUGAUAGUUAUAACGCAGACACACAAAUUAUGAUUGAUGGUAAUGUUAUAGGUAAAAAUAGUGCUGAUUUUGCUGGAGCCGUCAGACACCCACCACAGAAUACUAAUGUUAAUCACCCUCCAAUGGGGUAUUCUCAAUAUCCGAGUGCGCCCAACCAAAACAGGCAGUAUAGUCAUGAAUGUCAAGGCAAUGUUUCAAUUGAAUCUGUACAUCAUUUACAAGAACAGAACAGAUUACUAAGGGAGCAGAUUGCGCUACAACAACAACAACUUCGGUUAAUGCAACAGCAGCAGCAACAGCAACAAAGUGAAUCGUCAUCAUCACUCCCACCGCCUCCAAGUUAUGAGUCCUGCAUGCAAGAUCCAGUGCAGUUGAAGUUUCUUCAACAACAGAAUGAAGAACUACAAAAUAGAUAUCACAGUCAGCAAAAACAACUAACGGAAAAGAUACCGCUUUCUAAAGACAGACACAUCGCACCUUCAGCUCCGCCUAUAUGAUACAUCAGACAUUCAGCUCCGCCUAUAUGAUACAUCAGACAUUCAGCUCCGCCUAUAUGAUACAUCAGGCAUUCAGUGCCGACUAUAUGGAUCUGAGAAUACUGACAUUUACUAGGUUUUUGACUUCAAUAUAUCUGUCAGAUUUAAAUUAUUGAAACUAGAACAAAGACUAGAACCAAAACCAACUAAAUGUCGGGUUUUGAUUCAGUGAGAAGGAAACAGAGGUAAUAAUAUCAGCGCACGCAGAUAUCUGUAAAUACAACGACUUGAAAACAGUCCUUAUUUCAGAUCCUUCUUAGAAUCUGGAUAGGGACAAUGUGAAGUGGCGAAACACUGGCGCCAGACCAGAAAGAAAAUGCCUCUGUACAUGUUAUAUCCUACCCCUAGGUAUUCUA